UCAGGAAUGUGGAUUUUGGAGUCGAAAAUACAAAAUAUUGAAAGUGGUCUCUAUUUCUGACUAAACUAUCCGAAUGUUUUAGAAAUUUUAAAAUCGAGGCGUCCUGCACAUUCUAUUGACCUUUCUGUCACUGCGAAUUUUUAACUUUCGUUAAUUUUUAUAACGCGUUAUCAAAAUGUUACAACCAGUUAUGCAUGUUUUGAAGCAGAAAAAUAUUAUUCUAGCUUCAGGCUCGCCUAGAAGGAAAGAGUUGAUAGAAAAUAUAGGGUUAAAAGUAGGAUCGUGUCCAUCUCUAUUUGAAGAGAACCUUGAUCCUAAAAGUUUUAAAAGUUUCUCGGAGUUUGUGGAAGAGACAGCGCUGCAGAAGGUUCUAGAAGUUGAGAAUCGUCUGAUUGGGCAGGGCAAGGCUCCAGACAUUGUUAUAGGAGCGGAUACUAUGGUGACUCUGGAUGGAGAGAUGUUUGGGAAACCUACCUCUGAAGCAGACGCUUUUCAGAUGUUGUCAAGAUUGUCAGGGCGGGGACACACAGUAUACACUGGAGUGGUGGUGAAGUCCAUGAAUGAAACAGUGAAGUUCACCGAGAAGACUGAUGUUAUAUUUGGCAAACUGAAUGCAGACCAGAUCAACGGGUACAUUGCUACUGGUGAACCUAUGGACAAGGCUGGCGGCUACGGCAUCCAGGGCGUGGGCGGCACAUUCGUAGAGCGAGUCGAAGGAGAUUACUUCACUGUAGUGGGCUUGCCUCUCUACCGGCUCUGUGCCGUGCUCUAUGACAUACAUAAAGGCUUAUAGCUCUACUGUCAGUGGACCUUCUGUGGACGAUAGUACAUUAAUAGUGUAGAGUUUGUAGGAAGUAUUUUAUAGCCAGAAUUAGAGUAAUUCUUCUUCUUGUUCCUCGCGUGCUCUCGGCAUUUUGCCACGGCUCAUGGGAGCCUGGGGUCCGCUUGGCAACUAAUCCCAAGAAUUGACGUAGGCACUAGCUUUUACGAAAGUGACUGCCAUCUGAUAUUCCAACCCAGAGGGGAAACUAGGCCUUAUUGGGAUUAGUCCGGUUUCCUCACGAUGUUUUCCUUCACCGAAUUAUAUUUCGUACAUGAGUAAUUAACACCAAUUUGAAUAUAUGUGUACACUGUAUAGCUUUUUAAAUGUUCGGCAACGCGCACGUGACACCCCUGGAGUUGCAAGCGUCCACAGGCUAUGGUAACCAGGCAAUGGUUUAUUUGUCACUCGCGUGUUAUUUAUAAACAAAAGUAGCGAACUUUAAUUCUGCGUCUGACAUUAAUCCAUAAUGCAAUAGUUUCUUUUCCAACUUUGUAUAGUAGUAGAUUCAAACUGUAUCAAAUCAAGGGGUGUUGGAAUCUGGUACAGAACAAUCCAAGAUAGACCCUUGUGGAUACCCUGGUUUGAUUCUGCCAACCUCUCUAGAAAAGUGUUAGUCUCAGCUUUCCGAGUCCGGUCCGGACACAUCCCUACAAACAAAUUUCUGUGCAUGAUGGGUGUUAAAUCGUCACCACUGUGUGCAAACUGUCAGAAGACUGAUGACUUGUCUCACGUGUUGUUGGAAUGCGUCCGGAAUUCGGACUUGAGAAAAAGAAUUUUUGGUAGUCUGGGCUCCAUGCACAAUGGACAGAUCAAUUGUUGGUUGGCAGAGCCUAUAUCGGACAAAGCAAUCAGUGUUUACCACUUUAUUGACCUCUCCCUUGAGUAGGGAACUAUGAUAGCACCCAUCAGGCUGACAUGUUCACCUAGAGUGUCCAAAGCCUCCAUAAAAACCAGAUUAAAAAAAAAAAAAACUAUCAAGUAAGAAGCAUUUGUACCUAUCUGUUCAAAACAGUAGGUAGGUUUUUUUUUUCAUAUACAUAUUUUGUUUGAUUCCAAAGCAUACCUAGUUGUUGCUGUGAUAAUGUUCAUACUUGACUAAUUCUUUGUUGUUGUACAAUUCAUGUAUAUUAUUUGUGGUAUUUUCUAUAAAAAGGGAUCUUAUUGUCGAUGGCGCUUACGCCAUUAUUAACGAUGCUCCGAUAUAAAUACAAUGCCGCGCGACGCUGUGCGGUGUAAAUCG